CUCCGCGUCUUCGUCAGUUAAACCGCGAUCGUCUCCGCGUGACGGGGGCUAGGUGUUUGAGACCGCUUGGCAGAACGUCGCGAACAUUAGAUAGCCAAUAGUAGUCUGUGUUGAAUCAGUUGGUUGACAGAAGCAGGCCAGCCAACACAGUUGGCACGCACUUGGAAUAUUCGUCACACCGGUUCGUCGACGAGAAUAGACGCUCUUCCGGAUCCCUGGCGACACUUGCCGGGGCCCGCCGACACCCCCUGUGUGUUCCGGGUAUCAGUUUUCAACUGGACAGUCCACGGGUCUUCGUCUCUUCCUGCCACGUGACUGGACUUGAAAAGAAAAAGUGAGACCACACCGGGAAUACAGUGACCGAAUACAGUGUACAACGAUGAAGACUCUUGCGUUCGUGCUGCUUCUUAUCACCGUGACCAAGUGCCACGAGCCGUUCCAGGUGAUCUUUCAAUGGAACUCGAUCGACGUAACGUGGCCGUCGGAGGAGGAACAGCAGUUCGCGAUCGACCACGGUGAUUACGUAGCAGCCAACAAUUUCAUCGCCGGCAUCAAGUUUUGGAAGGACAAGAUGUACCUGACGUUGCCGAGAUGGAAGGACGGUGUGCCAGUGACUUUGGGUGUCACAUCUGCGACACCGGUGAACAAGGUUACCGCUCCCAAAUUGGAAGCUUUCCCCAGCUGGGAGAUGCAGAAGAUCGGUGACUGCAGUGCCUUCCAGUUCGUUCAGAGUAUGGAGAUCGACCCUAAAGGGCGUAUGUGGGUGCUCGAUUCUGGAAAGAUGUCGCCUCUCUCCGUAGAAGUGAAGACCACCUGCCCGCCCAGGCUGGUGAUCCUCGAUCUCGAGAACAAAAACGAGAUUUUACGAGUCUACGAGUUCCCUGCGCAGGUGGCUCGCCACGGUACCGCCCAUCUGAACGACAUCGUCUUGGACCACGAGGACGGUGGCAUGGCGUACAUCACGGACAGCGAUCGGGACGAUCCAGGUAUAAUUGUCUACUCGUUGAGCAACAACACUUCCUGGAAAGUCAGGCACGAUUCUAUGAGAGCUAAACCCGAGGCGGUGAGAUUCAUGGUCGCCAAGACACCGAUUAACAUGCCGAUACCUGUCGAUGGGAUUGCUCUGUCGCCGGCGAGCAGCACCGACAGACAGGUUUAUUACUCGCCGUUGUCUUCCUUCCAUCUGUACUCGAUACCGACGUCGGUGUUGAAGAGCAACACGAGCAACGUGGACGAGCACGUGAAAGAGCUGGGAAGGAAAAUCUCUCAGACCGACGGGAUGAUGAUGUCGGCGAAGGGUGUGUUGUACUUUGGACUUUUGGCUGACGAUGCCGUGGCCAUGUGGGACACUAAACAAACAGCGUCGUUCGCCACUGGCCAGAGAGUCAUCUCCAGAGAUCACGAGAGGAUGCAAUGGCCGGACACGUUCGCGUACGACGCGGACGGCAACUUUUAUUGUGUCACCAACUCCCUGCAAAAUAUACUGAUCGACCGGGUCAACAUCAGUACGCCGAACUAUCGAGUAGUUAGAGCGAGAACCGGAGUCAAGAGUUAUCAGUACUUGGAGGACGGUACCGCGCCGGAGCAGCCGGAGAUACCCACUUCGGUUGCAAACAGGAUUAGUCUCGCCGUUGCUGUCGGAUUAACCAUUCUGUUGGCUUUCGUCGUGCAGUAACGUCUUCCUCUCUCUCUCUCUCUCGUUCCCCUUGUUUUCUUUCCCUCGGAUACCAAAGACGUUCGGUUAAAUAACACGCAAACGAUCUGUCCAGUGUUUCUGAUGGCCUUGAACAUUUAGAGCACUAAUUAGAUAGGUAGUUUGGAGUGAUUCCUGAGGAAAACGAUAGAGGCCUUAAAAAUUAUUUUGACCAUUCGGGAUCCGCCAUAACCAUAAGUUAAAAUAUUCUUCUUUAUGUUUCCUGUUAGAAUCUUCGUAUUUUAAUUUAAUUUCAUAGGUACUUACGUGCGAGGGUAUAUCCGUUUGAAAUGUAAUCUGUAAAAAUUAUUAUUGUUCCGGAAGAUCGUUCGUUUUCUUAUAUGAUGUAUGUAUCCCUGGUGAAGCAAGUGGCCUUGAAUGGUCAAUCGAUUUUGGACAAAGCAAAGGUUUUCAUUCAUGUUGCUCGCGAUGGCACUUGUAAAAACAGGCAUUGUUGAAACGAAGCUGAAGAAUCCUACUAACCAACGAGUAAUUGGAUCGUAAGAUCAAACAGCAUGUUUGUAAUAAACGGCUUGUGACUUUUAGCGACUACAAAAAUCAACUUGGCACACAACAUUCAUCGUGGCGUUUACGUUUUAGUUAAUUAAUCAAGUUCGAGUAUAUUAAACUACAUAUCAUUUAGUGCUAUUUUUACACGACUGCUAAAAUUUAAUAAUAUAAAAGUCUCACAAGGGUAUGGUGCCAAUAAUUUUGCAGUCACUGUAAGUCUCACAAGUAACUAUUUAGAAUGAAUUAGUUGAUUUCUCGAGUUCUGUUGAGGAAUGUGUCUGCUCAAUACAAUUUUCAAUCACGAUGUUACAGAUUUUCAUCGAA